AUGUAUAAUUCCCUUUCUCAAAAAGCUGAACCAUUCUUCUUCUCUACACAAAAACCUCUUUACCCAAAUGAACCAAAUCAUCACCAUAAUUUCUCCAUUGACAACACUAAUUAUUCCCUCGACCCAUUUUGGGAUAAUUACUCUGUUUCUGCUAAUGAAAAUGUUAAUGAAAAAUCCCCUGUUCUCGAAGGAAUCGCUGCUGUUGUUGGAGAACAUGUUCUUUUCGGUCACAAUAACAAUAAUAAUAAUAAUCAAAACAAGAGUGAUGAUCCAAAUUCAUCAGCAGUUUCAAUUCUGAAACGCACGUGUCCUGAAGAAAAGAAGAAGAAUAAUAAUAAUGUUCAAUCAGUGGAGAAGAGUUACAGAGGAGUGAGAAAGAGGCCAUGGGGGAGAUGGUCAGCGGAGAUUCGCGACCGCAUAGGGCGGUGCAGACACUGGCUGGGUACAUUCGACACCCCGGAGGAGGCGGCGCGUGCGUACGACGCGGCGGCGAGGUGGUUGAGAGGCUCAAAAGCGCGAACGAAUUUCCAGAUUCCUCCGAUUGUCCCUCUGCCUACUUCACCAACAUCCACGUCAUCAUCUUCAAAUUCAUCUCGUGGAUUGAAAAAGAAGAACAAAAAUGGUGGCAGUAUUGCUAAUAAUCAAAGAAAAUGCUCAGUAGUAACUUCAGCUGCGCAUUUAUUCAGCUCAAAUGAGUUAAGUAAAGGGGUAAGUGUUACUGUGGAGCUUGAUCUCAAGCUCGGCUUCGGGAGGAAGUAGAGUAAAUUAGUGUUCGUUUCGUAUAGUAUGCGUUUUAGCAUAAACGUAUCGUAAUGUGUAAAUUAAACUAUGUGGUUCAUGUAAUACGAUGAGAAAUGCAUGUUAUGAUUUUGCUGUAGUUUUUCUUGAAAGAAAAAAAACAAACAAGAAAAACGUUCUGUUAA